CGCGUGUUUCUAUUCCCCAGGAUCGGACUGUGUGCAUUCAGCGGGUUCAAAAUCUACCCCGCCAGCGGCAAGACUCUUGUUAAAGCCGAUGGAAAGACGUUCACUUUCCUGAACAAAAAAUGUGAGCGUUCCUUCCUGAUGAAGCGCAACCCGCGCAAGGUGAAGUGGACGGUGCUGUACCGCCGCAAGCACAAGAAGGGCAUCGUGGAGGAAGCCGCGAAGAAGCGCACUCGCCGCACGCAAAAGUUCCAGCGGGCCAUCGUUGGUGCGUCGUUGUCGGAGAUCAUGGCCAAGAGGAACAUGAAGCCCGAAGUUCGCAAGGCCCAGCGUGAACAGGCAAUCAAGGCUGCCAAGGAGAAGAAGGCAAAGCAGGCUGAAAAGAAGCCGAAAGCCGCUCAGCAAAAUCCCAAGCAGCAGAAGACGAAGGCCGCUAAGGUUGCACAGAAGGCCGCGCCACGCGUAGGAGGCAAGCGAUAAGAAAUGGGA